UUUCUGCGCUGCUGACAACGUCAAUGUCAAGUGGGCGAAUCAUUUGUGGUUGAACCAUUAUUAAGGCCAGUCCCACCACCUGCUGCAGCAUAAAUAUGCCAAAUUUCAAAGACAAGGUAAUCAUUGUGACAGGUGCCAGCUCUGGCAUAGGUGCGGCCACUGCAGUACAUCUGGCCAGCCUGGGCGGUCAGCUGGUCAUUGUGGGUCGCAAUGUGGAGAAACUAAAGGAAACGGCGGAUAAUAUUCUGUCGGCAGGUGGUGCGCCGGCGUUGCAGGUGCAAGCGGACAUGGACAAAGAGGUGGAUGUAGAGCAAAUAAUGGCAGCAACAUUGAAAAAAUACGGCAAACUGGAUGUGCUGGUCAACAAUGCCGGCAUAAUUGAAAUGGCCACCAUAGAGAACACAUCUAUGGCUCAGUACGAUCGCUUGAUGAACACCAAUGUACGUGCGGUCUACCAGCUGACCAUGUUGGCCACACCGGAGCUAAUCAAGACGAAGGGCAGCAUUGUGAAUGUGUCCAGCGUCUGUGGCUUGCGCGCCUUUCCCGGCGUGCUCGCCUACAAUGUGUCCAAGUCAGCCGUGGAUCAAUUCACACGCUGCGUUGCUCUGGAGCUGGCUGCUAAGGGCGUGCGGGUCAACUCUGUUAAUCCCGGUGUCGUUAUCACGGAACUCCAGAAACGUGGCGGCCUAGAUGAUGCAAGCUAUGAAAAGUUUCUGGAGCACUGCAAGGAAACGCAUGCACUGGGUCGCCCCGGCAAUGUGGAAGAAGUAGCCGCUGCUAUUGCAUUCCUUGCUAGCGACGAUGCCAGCUUUACAACGGGCGUCAAUUUGCCCGUCGAUGGAGGUCGUCAUGCUAUGUGCCCUCGUUAAGCACAACACACAAAUUAAGAUCAUAUGAAUUAAAUAA